AGUCAUAUGUAUUGUGAUGACGGUAUUGAUUUGACUAGAUUCUCUCGUAAACUUUCCAGCUGAGGUUUCUAUACAAAAAUGCGAAAAGAAAAAUUAAUUAAUUCUUUAAUCAAUGAGGCGAAAUCUAGCGAAAUUAAUUAAAACGUGAACACUUAAAUAAAACCGUUGUAUUGGUAUUGGCACAUAUGUCAAGUGACGCUACUCAUUAUUAUGAAGGUCUCCAGCAGGAUUCAGAUUUAUCAGAUCGACCUGUGCCACCUGCUGAACCACAAACAUCUACCACACAAGAGCUUGGUUAUCUUAACCAAGUUUCCGAAAUUUCGAUAAGGCAAUUGCCUGACGUUCGAGAAAUGACUCGUGGCACGGAAGAACCAAAUCAGUAUGUCAUAGUUGAAAAAUCCACUGGAGAAUUGCUAUAUAAAGUUAUUGAAGAUCAUGCCGUGUGUAUGCAGCAAAUUUGUUGCAGCAAUAGGACUUUCACCCUCCGUCUCGUGGACAAAUUCAACAGAGAAAUUAUCAAAAUUAUUCGACCGCACAUAAGUUGUAAUUGGUGUUGUGGUCUUACAGACUUUUACGAUAAAGUCGAAGUUUGGGUCAGAAACUUUAAAAGCAUGAGAUUUGAUUGGAGGAAAUUUGGCUACGUUAAGAAAUUCUGGUGCCCAUUACUUCCAUUAUUUCGUGUUUACGAAGGAGAAGCAGGAGACUCUCAAUUUGCCAUCACGGGUCCUGUGGUCACCGCUGGAGCUUCUACUUUCACAAUAAAGAAAUCCUGGACAUCUACUGAACCUCUGGGGAUAAUUAGAAAAGAAUGGGCUGGCCUUUGUCGAGAGUUUACCUCAGAAUAUGACGUUUUUUCUCUCAAGUUCCCUCCCGAUAUCGAUGAGAAAAUGAAAGUGAUUUUAAUUGGUGCCUUAUUUUUAAUUGAUUACAAAUUUUACGAAGGUGCAGCAUGUCUGUAGCUUAUUUAGCCCUGAACAAAUUGUUAACAUGGAUCAAUUUAUUAAAUUAAUAACGUGUAAUAUUAAUCUCAUAUUUCCUUCCAGUAUAAAAUUUGCAAAAACCAAAGAAUUAUGCCUAGUAAAAACUCUUUAUGUAAUAUAGUGUAAUAAGCCCUGGUUCGGGCUAAAAAUUAACAAUUGUACAUGUUUCAUUAAUAAUAAUAAAUAUUACUUAUGUAUCUUCAAAUUCUA